AUGAUCACCGAGUCCAUCGCCGGCGCCGCGCCCAACACUACCUCCCCGUCUUCGAACCACGUCGCCACCGCUUCUAAGCGUUCCGCUUCCGAUGCUCCCUCCCCCGAACCCAAGCGCACAAACACUUCCAAAUCAUCCACUGACUUGGACUUGCAGUUCGAAAUGGCCCUAGAGUCACAUUCCCACGGCGAUAGCAACGGUGCCUCUGUACCACUGGCCGCCAAAUCCCCCACCAAAUCCCCCACCAAAUCCCUGGGUGAUAUCUCUCAAUCCACAAACAACAACACCCAUGAACCUACCACAAACUCACCAAACGAUACCCCCAAGCCCGCCCGCACCGUGCUCCACCAGGGGGUCGAGAUCCCGGCCGACUCCGAGCUCCUCAACUCGUCGUCUGCCUUCACCGCCUACACCGAGCUCUCGCACCAACUCUCGCACCAGCUCUCGUCACCAGCCAUGACCACCACCCACCUCACGGCCCUCCCCAUGGCCAUCGUGGCAGCAGACUUCUUGCCGCCACGCACCCAGCUCCUCGUCAACACGCUUCCAUCGUUGGACAACCUCGCAACCCAAAUUCUUCGAAUCUUCACGGUGGGCCCGUACCAGAAAAUCAUCGACUUGGUGUCCAACGUCGACACCGCCGCUGGGGCCAGCUUCCGCGACUUGACGUCGCUCUUUGAGUUCACCAAGAAGCUCUACUCGGACGAAGACCCGUUUUUGGCGGUGUCGCAUGUGGCUCCCGGCACCUGGAAUCACUCUGAGUCCACCCCGGCCCCAUUUAAAAACCGUGAACAGAGCAUUGAGUCGACGUUGCGCAAGGUCAACCUUGCAACCUUCUUGUUGGCGACACUCGGGGUCAUCGAGGUGGGUUUUUUCUACUUGAACGAGUCGUUUUUAGGGAUUUUCUGCCCGUUGAAUAACUUGGACCCCCACAACAGCUUGAGUAACCACCUUGAAAAUACGGGUCUGACGGUGGGUGGUAGUACCCCCGGUGCCGGCGACCGUAUCGGCAAGCUUCUCAAGCUGCAAGCCAUUUUAUACUUGGAUUUGAAGACACAAGCGUACAUCUCGGCCAUCGAAGCAGGGGAGCGAUCGCGGGUUGAAGUGUUGGACGACAUUCUCCCCGACAACUUGGAUGCGAUUUUAAUGGAAAAGCGCCUGACCAAGAUCUUGAGUCCCACCGAGCUGGACUUCAUUGACCGGUGCAAGAGCCGUCGUACCAUUCUCUUGAACUAUCCCGACAACUCGACUUUGAGUGAGGAAUACGACUGGUUUCUGUUUUUGCGCAGUCUCUUUGAGUUUGUGGGCAAGAAUAUGCUUUUCCUCAUUUGGGGCAACAAGAAAAUCACCAAGCCCCGGCCCGACGACACCAAGCCCGCCGCCGCCACUGCCCCGUUAUCGGGUGAUGAGCCGGCCACCUCGGGCGAACUCACCGACACGUUGCUCCCAUCCGAGAUCUUGGAAAAGCAGUUGCACGUCCAAAUGGCCCAUGGUCCCGGCAGAAUCUCCAUGCGGAGACCGUGGACCCGCGAGGAAGAAAAGGCGUUGCGCCACGCGUUAGAGCUUGCGGGACCCCACUGGUCCAAGAUCCUCGAGUUGUUUGGUGCUGGAGGUAAAGUGUCAGAAGCCUUGAAAAACCGGACCCAGGUGCAACUUAAGGACAAGGCCAGAAACUGGAAAAUGUUUUUCCUCAAGAGCGGUUUGCCGGUGCCUCAGUACUUACUGAAGGUGACGGGAGACUUGGAGAGAGACGACCGGCUGAAGCGGGCCAAGAAGACGGCGGCAGCUCCCAUUCCCAACAUUGCUAAAGCUCAAGCUGAGUGAAUUUGCAGCCAGCGACAUUUGAUUCGCGACCGCCAGUCGCACAUUUUGUUGAGUUCGCACCCGAAAUCACCAGUUUUCCUACCCUCAUGGUUAGUUUGAAUUGUAUUGCAGACGUUUGUAUCGUGCCCAUUGGCACCGGUAGUGCCUCAGUGUCCGACGAGGUUACACUUAUCACCAAGUUCUUACGUGAGAACCCCGAAGGUUUGACUGUCACGUUGCACUCAGCUGGCACCACCAUCGAGGGCAACUGGGACGUGGUCAUGGGAAAAAUCGGUCAGAUGCACGAGUUAUUACACCACCACGGAGUGGUCCGGAUCCAGAGCGACAUCAGAGUCGGCACAAGGACCGACAAGUCUCAGAAGAGCAUCGAUAAGGUGAGAAUCGUGGAAGAGAAGUUGAAGAAACUUGUAUAAUAAUGUAUUAUAGAAUAUAAAUAUCUACCAAGCACACGGCCCCAGCCGUCACCUGGCAUUCCCAGCCGUCACCUGGCAUUCCCAGCCGUCACCUGGCAUUCCCAGCCAUCACCUGGCGGCCCCGGUACUCUUGUCAAGCUCCUUCGUCCACGCAUCAAGCUCAUCCACCAAUUGAUCAAGCUUCUGACUCCGGUCGUCGAUAUCGUCGAGAAGCUUUACGUACGCCCCAUACUCCUCGUCUACAGCCGUUAGUAUAACCAAUGUCCCGGUGGUUGUCGCGGUUUACAGUACAUACCAAUUGCUUUAAGGGUGUUGGAGUGGGUGUCCAACGCAUCGAGCUUUUGCUCCAACUUGAUAUAAUUGAGCGCCUGGUUGGUGUUCAAGUUCUCCAAUAAGUUCAAGUCAAUAGUCGCCACCUCCGUGUCAGACUCCACAAGCCGCGACAACGUCGUAAGCCCGUGGUAUGCCAACUUACCAGUAUCCCUCAGGGCAGACAUGGAAAAUGUUUAUUUGGUACUGCGAAUUCUAUUUAC